AUGGGAAGAAUCAUCCUUUAUGAGCGUGCCAACUUCCAGGGUUUGUCCAAAGAAUUCUCCUCUGAUAUUACCAAUCUAAGAGAUGCAGAUUGGAAUGAUCUUGCCUCCUCGGCAAAAGUAAUUGGCCAGCCUUGGGUGCUUUACGAGCAUUCAAACUUUGGAGGCCGAUUUCUGGUACUCGAGGAGGGAGACCAUAGCUUUUUUGAUUCAAAGAUGAAUAACAAGGUCAGUUCUAUGCAGAUGAUCACUGAAGAUCUGAGCAACCCUGAGAUCACUCUCUACGAGCAUACCAACUAUCAAGGGAAAAGCAGGGUAGUAAAAGAAGCAACCAACCUGGCUGCAGGACACGACAAUGACAUGAUGUCUUCUCACAAAGUGCAGAGAGGUGUCUGGCUGCUGUGUGAACACAGCGAUGGAAGUGGAAUUCAAUACCUUGCUCGAGAACAUGAAAACCUUCCAAAUUACAAGGCAAUCAAUUUCAAUGACAAGCUUUCCUUCCUGCGUCCCCUUCGUGCUGGCCGUUCUUAUUAG